CCGCCCGCAGCGCCCGGGAGGAGGAUGCAGACGCCGCGGCCGGCGAUGAGGAUGGAGGCCGGGGAGGCAGCGCCGCCGGCGGGGGCGGGCGGCCGCGCCGCAGGCGGCUGGGGCAAGUGGGUGCGGCUCAACGUGGGGGGCACGGUGUUCCUGACCACCCGGCAGACGCUGUGCCGCGAGCAGAAGUCCUUCCUCAGCCGCCUGUGCCAGGGGGAAGAGCUGCAGUCCGACCGGGAUGAGACCGGGGCCUACCUCAUUGACCGUGACCCCACCUACUUCGGGCCCAUCCUGAACUUCCUCCGGCAUGGCAAGCUGGUGCUGGACAAGGACAUGGCUGAGGAGGGGGUCCUGGAGGAAGCCGAGUUCUACAACAUCGGCCCGCUGAUCCGCAUCAUCAAAGACCGGAUGGAAGAGAAGGACUACACAGUCACCCAGGUCCCGCCCAAACACGUGUACCGCGUGCUGCAGUGCCAGGAGGAGGAGCUCACGCAAAUGGUCUCCACCAUGUCUGAUGGCUGGCGCUUCGAGCAGCUGGUGAACAUCGGCUCCUCCUACAACUACGGCAGCGAGGACCAGGCAGAGUUCCUGUGUGUGGUGUCCAAGGAGCUCCACAGCUCCCCGAACGGGCUGAGCUCAGAGUCCAGCCGCAAAACCAAGAGCACGGAGGAGCAGCUGGAGGAGCAGCAGCAGCAGGAGGAGGAGGUGGAGGAGGUGGAGGUGGAACAGGUGCAGGUGGAGGCAGAUGCACAGGAGAAAGCCCAGUCAUCUCAGGAUCCCGCUAACCUUUUCUCCCUCCCACCACUGCCUCCUCCUCCGCUUCCCGCUGGAGGUUCCCGUCCGCACCCUCUCAGACCUGAGGCUGAGCUUGCAGUGAGGGCUUCUCCUCGGCCCCUCGCCCGCCCCCAGAGCUGCCAUCCCUGGUUUGUAGCUUGGCGGUGCUGGAGGGAGGGGUGGAGCGAGGAGGGUGCUUAUCUCUUGAUCCUUGGACUUGAGCCGAGCUUUCGGCUGAUUAUCUCCACCCACCAAAGUUUCUCAUCCGACCUUGGCCUUGGGGGUGAGGCUCUGAGAGGAGAAGAAAGUUAGGGAGUGGGAACUUUCCUACCAGCCCAUCAGCACCAGAGCCAGGCUGGUGGGGAGGGAGGGACCGCUGAAGCAGAGGCCCUGGCCGAGUCCCUGCACAUCCAGGAGCUCCUGUGUCACUGCCUUGUGGCAUCCCCUAUUUCUGUGGGGAUGGGGAGGACACGCCACUUUUGGAUACCAUUGGCCUAUGAAGUGUCAGCCAGAGUGGCUUAAGGAUUGCAGAGUGGCAGAAAAAGCCCUGGCCGUGUGCCCACAAGCCCCCCACCCCACUCUUUUCUGCCUGCUCUGUGACCUUGGGCAAGUCACUGUCCCUCUCUGGGCCACAAUUGCCUCUAAAAUGGGGACAGACAGCUGCUCUCCGUGGCUUCUUUCGCCUGGGGCAUCAGUGCCUCUCCUAGCCCUGACCAACCCCCAUCCCACCUGCUUCAGAGUCUUGGCAGAAUCUGGCCUCUGUAGGUGGCCGACACCGAGCCCAAGACGGGGCAUGGGGCUCCUGGAUGGGUUAGUUGGGGUGCCCUUCCUGCUCCCCGCAACUCAGUUCUGAAUCCACCUUCUUUGGGCCUCAGCCCCACCCCCUCCUCCAGAAGGAAGCCUGUGACUCAACUGCCUCUCUCUCUCUCCCUCUCCCCCACCCUUCAAUCUCCUCUCCGCCCCCUGGCCCUGCAUCACCCCCUCCUUACCGGCCCCACCUCCUCCCCUCCCAUCCUCCUGCCCUUCCCCUCUUUUU